CAGGAAACGGCUGCUCGGCAUUGUCUUGGCUGCUUGAAGGCUCUCUCUCUCUCUCUCUCUCUCUCUCUCUCUCUCUCUCUAUCUCUUUCUCUCUUGCUCCCAUCCUCUGUCUCUUCCUCUGUCUCCGCCCCUCGCUGCCCGCCGUCGGCGGUUCCACUCCCCAGUGUCCUUGCGCCGUCCGGGAAACACCGGGAGGAGUCGGCUCAGUGACAGACAAGUCAGACAGACUCAGGAGAGCGAGAGACCAAAAGACGCCCGUAUGCCCGACGACGCUUGACCUGUGCCGGCCCACGGCGCGCCACGGAUGCCAUUUGCGGACGAUAUGACCAACCACACAACACGACGAGACAACACUACUGCAGACCUGGCAGAACCCCUGUUCUUCGUAAAGGGCAGUCUUCUAGAAGGAUGGAUAACCCCCCACAUCCGGUGUUUCUUGGAAGGCAAAAUGGCCUGGGAGUGGCUGAGGCCUGGUGGAGAAGAAUAAAACUCUCGCCUUCCAUUAUCUCUGGGCGCAGGCAUGCUCAUCACCGAAAGCGUCGAUGCCUCCUCCCCCUCGCACCUCGCAGGCUAUCAGUCUCGUCCACCCCCCCCUUUCCCUUUCCCUUGUCUCCGCCCGAGACCCAACAGACUUGCUCGAUUACGACGCCCAGACUUGCUCCUCGGCCUCUUAGACGAGCAGGCUGCCCAGAAUGAGGCCCGCUGCCCAGACUCUCGGCGGACUCAACAUGGCAGGCGGGAGCAUAGAGUUCCCACCGAGAUCUCCUAUGGCGUGCUAUCGAACAACUCGCGUGCCUUCGACCGGCUUUCGGACUCCCUGCUCCCAAGAUCCAAGAGACUCCAACUCCAUGGGAAAGCCUGGGGUCCCCCCGGAGGAGCCCCGCGCAGAGCCGCCAAGGCUGAAGGAACACCUACAGACACACACACACUCACACACACAUACCAACGAGCGAGCGAGCGCAGUUCCUUGCGGGCCAAGGCCAUACUCCCCGCCUAUCAUGGUAUGAAGUCAUACCGCCGAGCGACGAGACGAGAAAGUAUACAUCUUCUCCCAAGCCCCCCCGAGAUUUUGGCUUUCUUCCCGUUUCCCAUCUCACUCGAUUUUCAUCAGAGAUCGUCUCAACCCCCGGGCCCCUUUGUUGUUGACCCUUCCUUCCUAUGCUCGCCUGUUCUCUCGACCUUAAGGGGGUAGAAGUGCUUGAACCUGGAUAAGAGCAGAGCACUCACACUUUUGCCCGUUCCAUAAAAGCGUUUCCUGUCAAACAAGACUAACAAACAAACUCCCUCGACUCCGAUUGGAUCCGACGACGACCACUCUUGGCACCGCCGGGAGACAUCACGUCUCUUUUAUCAUCGCUCGAGGACUCAAACACAAAAACACAUCUCUGCUUCCCUACCUACCUCUUUAACUCUCUUUCCUCUCACCCCCAUUCAAGUUCGGGAAUCUCGUCCAUUCCGACGUUCAAACCUUCAUCAUGGGAAAGAAAGAUCCCGAGGCCGAGGCCAUGGCCAACCACGUCUCCGGCCAGGCCAACAAGCCCAUCUCCCGUCCGGCCCACGCCUUGACUGUUGAGCAAGUCGUCCAGGAGCUCAGAGCCAACCCGGACGAUGGCUUGACCCCCGAAGACGCAAAGGCUCGCCUUGACGAGUAUGGUCGUAACGAAUUCGGCGAAGAGGCGGGCGUCCAGCCCCUGAAGAUCUUCAUCGGACAAAUCGCCAACGCCAUGACCUUGGUUCUCAUUUUGGCCAUGGGCGCUUCUUUUGGCAUUGGGUCUUGGAUCGAAGGAGGUGUCGUGGCAGGUGUCAUCCUGCUCAACAUCACCGUCGGCUUCCACCAGGAAUUCAAGGCCGCAAAGACCAUGGACUCCCUUCGGUCUCUCAGCUCUCCCACCGCCCAGGCUGUUCGUGAGGGCCGAAACAUCACCGUCCCGACUGUCGAGAUCGUCCCCGGUGACAUGGUCGAGCUCAAGACGGGUGACACCAUCCCCGCCGACGUCCGCAUCCUCGAGGCCGUCAACUUCGAGACGAACGAGGCUCUGCUGACGGGCGAGUCCCUUCCCAUCCGCAAGGAGGCUGCUCUGACUUUCGAUGACGAGACCGGACCUGGUGACCGUCUCAACGUUGCCUACAGCUCCUCGACCGUCACCAAAGGCCGUGCUCGUGGUAUCGUCUUUGCCACCGGAAUGUACACCGAGAUUGGACAGAUCGCCGCCGCCCUCCGGGGUAAGAACUCUCGCCGUCGCGACGUCAAGCGCAAGGAGGACGGCUCUGCCAGUUUCGGCCGUUACCUCCAGGCGUGGACUCUGACCCUGUCUGAUGCCGUCGGACGCUUCCUCGGAGUGAAUGUUGGAACACCUCUCCAAAGGAAGCUGUCCAAGCUUGCGAUCCUCCUCUUUGGUAUUGCCGUCAUCUGCGCCAUCAUCGUUCUGGGCGCCAACAACUUCAACACGGUCCAGGAAGUAAUCAUCUACGCUGUCGCCACCGGUCUGUCCAUGAUCCCCGCCUCUUUGGUCGUCGUCUUGACCAUCACCAUGGCCGCGGGUACCAAGCGUAUGGUCCAGCGUCACGUCAUUGUCCGCCAGCUGAAGAGCUUGGAAGCCCUUGGCGGUGUCACGAACAUUUGCUCCGACAAGACCGGUACCCUUACCCAGGGCAAGAUGGUCGUCCGAAAGGCCUGGAUUCCCGGAAAGGGAACCUUCUCCAUCAGCAACACGAACGAGCCUUUCAACCCUACCGUCGGAGACCUAGGCCACAGCGUUGACCAGCCCAAGGACAUUGACUUCCGCACCAAGGAGGGCGACGGCGAGCCCUUCUCCAACACCGACGCCGAGGACCGCGUCAAGUCGAGCACCGUCCUCACCGACUACUUCAACGUCGCUUCGCUUGCCAACCUGGCCAACGUCCACGAGACUGACGGCGAGUGGCACGCGCGCGGCGACCCUACCGAGAUUGCCAUCCAGGUCUUUGCGUCCCGCUUCAACUGGAACCGUCUCCGCCUCGCGGGAGAGGGCAACCGCUGGAAGCAGAUUGCCGAGUUCCCCUUCGACUCCGACGUCAAGAAGAUGUCGGUCAUCUUCGAGGACACCGAGACCAAGGCCGAGGGAGGGGGCAACAAGACGUGGCUCUUCACCAAGGGUGCCGUCGAGCGCGUCAUCUCAUCCUGCCCCACGAUCCAGAUGGGCGACGAGAUUGUCGAGCUCACCAAGGACAUCGAGAAGGACAUCCUGUCCAACAUGGAGGCUCUCGCCCGUCUCGGGCUCCGUGUCCUGGCCUUCGCCAGCAAGCCUGAUAUUGGUGUCGUCGACGGUCACGAGAACCUGGACCGCAAGCUGUACGAGAAGGAUAUCACUUUCCGCGGUCUGAUCGGCCUCUACGACCCCCCGCGCCCCGAGUCGGGGCCGUCGGUCAAGAAGUUCCAUGAGGCCGGUGUCAGCGUGCACAUGCUUACUGGUGACCACCCGGAGACGGCGCGGGCUAUCGCUCUCGAGGUCGGCAUCCUGCCCACGCGCAUGAACGAGAUCUCGGCCGACGUCGCAAAGACUAUGGUCAUGGCCGCCCACGACUUCGACAAGCUCUCGGACGACGAAAUCGACAAGCUCCCCCACCUGCCCCUCGUCGUCGCUCGCUGUGCUCCCCAGACAAAGGUGCGCAUGAUCGAGGCCUUGCACAGACGCCAGCGCUUCGUGGCCAUGACGGGCGAUGGUGUCAACGACUCUCCCAGUUUGAAGCGCGCCGAUGUCGGUAUCGCCAUGGGAGAGAGCGGCUCCGACGUCGCCAAGGAGGCCUCGGACAUUAUUCUCACCGACGAUAACUUUGCUUCGAUCCUCAACGCCGUCGAGGAAGGCCGCCGCAUGUUUGACAACAUCCAAAAGUUCGUCCUGCACGUCUUGGCCUGCAACGUCGCCCAGGCCUGCACUCUCCUCAUCGGUCUGAUCUUCAAGGACGAAAGCGGUCUCUCCGUGUUCCCCCUGGCGCCCGUUGAAGUCAUGUGGAUCAUCAUGAUCACGUCUGGUCUCCCCGACAUGGCUCUUGGUUUCGAAGUCGCCGCCCCGGAUAUCAUGGACCGACCCCCUCAGAACAUGAAGGUUGGUGUCUUCACCUGGGAGCUGAUGCUCGAUAUGCUGGUGUACGGUCUCUGGACAGCCGCCCUCUGCCUGGCCUCAUUUGUCCUCGUCAUGUUCGGCUGGGGCAACGGCGAGUUUGGAAACAACUGCAACAACACGUACUCUCCCGAGUGUGACACGGUCUUCCGCGCGCGUGCUACGUGCUUUGCCAGUCUGACCUGGUUCGCCCUCUUCCUCGCCUGGGAGAUGGUCAACAUGCGCCGGUCCUUCUUCCGCAUGCAGCCCAAGAGCACCAAGUACUUCACGCAGUGGUUCAUCGACACGUGGCGCAACAAGCUUCUCUUCUUCGCCAUCGUCAUCGGCUUCGUCACCAUCUUCCCGCUUAUCUACAUCCCCGUGCUCAACACAUCAGUGUUCAAGCAUGCGCCCAUUACGUGGGAGUGGGGUAUUGUCUUCGUCUGCGCGGUGCUCUUCUUCAUGGGUGUCGAGGCCUGGAAGUGGGCCAAGCGCAUCUACUUCCGCCGCGUCGCGCACAAGCAGCAUGGCGGCAUCGCCGACCUCGAGAGCCGCGUGUUUGGCCACUACUACACCAUUGGCGGCGUCGAGCUCGAGUCGUCUCCCACGCUCGGCAGCCGGACCAUCACGAACGAGAAGGACAUGCGCGAGAAGGGCGGCAACGGAUACUCCAGCGGGGGUAGCCGGUAAUGGGAGCCGAGUCUCAGUAAACACAAAAAAUUGAAUAGGAGGGGGGAAGAAUGACGAGGGAUGCGAGACAGGACAGGUGAGGUGAGGUGAGGAGGGGAGAGGGAGAGAAAGAGAAAGAGAGAGAUACCAGAAGCUCUGUUGAUGAUGAUUCCAUGAAGCAAUUCAUACGUUGCAUUUCGCUGCAUAUAGACAUGGGGGUUUGAUAUACCAACCAAGGACGAAAAAGUCAGUGCUUCAAAGAGAGAAGAAGGAAGAUGAUGGUUGAUGAUGGUCCACGACGGGAUGGCAGAUGUCGUUGGGAGAUGACAGAUGGUCCUUAUUGGAUCAUAACAAUAUUUACCAAGUAUUAUUUAUUGUUUACUUGAAUCCGAUCUACAUUAUGAG